CAAAAGAGGCCAUAAAUAUAUAUAAUAAUGCAGGCAUUUUGCCCUUUAUUCUCUGAUCAUGGGAAAAGGGACAGAGUGGACUGUAAAAAGCGGGGAAGUGAAUGCCUUCAUGUUUUAACUGUGACGCAAAGAGCCAUUUGUUUUAUAAAUGUGUUUUUAUAAAAAUCCUGUUCAGUCACCAGCAGCACAAGCUGCGAAACAAACGUGUGGCACUACAGAAGUGUCCUUGAUCAGGGUUCUUACUCUGAACUUACACAGCAACAGUGCCCUGCGGAAAUGGGUAAAUCAUUGUAAGGAUAACUAACCUUGGGGGGUCCCUUUGGGAAAGGUGUCAGGUAAAUGAAGAGGAAUAAUAGAGUAAAUAAAAGGUGCACGGCCUGUGGCACAGGGAGCGUAGACCCCGACAAAGGUCAGCGAAGGUGGUGACGGUUCAUGGAUCGUUAUCGAUGUCUGGCUUUAUGGAGGAGCUCGCGGCACGUUUCGGCUGAUGAUGAUGUCACCAAAUGAAAUGACAGCUGGUGGCCGCGCGAUGCUGCUUCAGCGGCUUUGGUGCGACGCGGUCCUGGAGGGUGCGCAGGAGUCACGUGGGCAGAGCGGCGCGCGCUCAAAGUGCCGAGGGAAGACGCGCCGUGUGGGCGCACAGAUCCGCCGUCCGGCCCGUGGAAGUGGACCGCGGGAGUGCGCGGAGGCAGAUUUAAGCACUCUGGACAGCGGCCGGCCGCCGCCCGGGGACACCUUGACUUGUCCAGCAGAGUCCACAGCUGGACAGCGAGACUCGCGAGACCACUUUCCCUCCGUGGACGGAGACGCGUGAUGAUGCUGCCAACUUGCAAGAAGCAGUGACUGAGUGACACUCCGCGGAUGUAUGAAGGAGGAGAUGUCCGUGACGCGUGCCGUGGAUUAAUGCGGUUCGGGCUGCGUGGGAAGCGGUGACGGGCGGCCACGUACCUUCCUUCUCCUCUCCCCUGCAUGCAGGAACUUAGGAUGCCGCAGGGAGCAUCAGCAUGUGCACCAGCCGCAAGAUCAUCUGGAGCCUGCUGCUGCUGUCGCUCGUGGAGAUCGGCCUCGGCGUGUCCAGCAUCGCGCUGGGGGCCGUGGGGGUCCGGCGCGCGCAAGCCGAGCACAAGACGCGCCAGGGAGACGCGUCGCCCGUGUGGAGCGGGUUCCUCAUCUGUGGACUCUGCGGGGUGCUCUGUGCAAAGAAAAGGACUGGACUUAUUGUAAGCAUCUCCCCCGAACGACAGCGCAAGUCUCCAUUUCGGAUCUGGACGUCCGCAGCGGGAUUUUCUGUGACUCUCUAUGAUAUUGUUUUCAGCCUGCUGCAUCUGCGGGCUCAUUGGCGGCAUCUUGAACUUCCAGUUUGUGCGGGCGCUGGUGAAGAGGUCUGGCACGUCACACUCCCUGCACCUGGCCACCAUGUGCCUGGCCUGCCUGGGCAUCAGCAGCUGCACCCUGUCCACUUGGCUCACCUGUCGUCUGGCCAGCAGCGAGCAGCAGCGGAUGUUCCUGGAGCGCGAGCAUUCGCUGCACCACUCCCACGAGAUGACAGACAAGGUAGGGACAGGGGCUCCUUUCGGACCGUUAGGGAAGAAGUUAGGCAGGUCCGCCCCACCGGUGGAUACUGGUCGAGGGAGCGCAAGUAG